AUGCCGCCCGUGCGCCGCAGCCGCCGCACCACCCCCGCCUCCGCCGCCGACGGGUCUGCCCCCUCCUCUUCCACCGACCUCCUCGCCCUGGCCGCCACCCUCCUCCCCGCUCCCACCGCCGCAGCAGCUCUAAAGACCCCUCCCCACCUCAAGCACACCGUCCACUCCCUCCCCGACUCCCACCCGGUCCUCCUCUCCCUCCCGCAAACCCUAGCCCAGGCCCUCUCCCCCGACCCGGACCCCGGCUCCGUCUCCCCCCGCGCCGCCGCCCCCGCCGCCGUCCUCCUCCACCUCCUCCUCACCCACCUCUCCCACCCGCCGCGAUGGGACGACCUUCUCCGCCCGCUCGCGCUCCUCCAUGACCGCCUGGCGCUCCUCGCCACCGAGGACCCGCCCGUCGCCGCGCUCGCCGCCUCCUGCUUCGAGCUCGCCUGGAGCGCCGGGGCUCCAGGGCGCGACGCGCUCGUCGCCCAGACCCUGCCUUACCUCUUCUCCCAGGCGCUCACCUCCGGCUCCAAUGCCAGGCCGCUCCUCCGCCGCCUCUUCGCCCUCCGCGAAGCGUUGCAUCUGCUCGACUACACCGAUGAGAGCAUUUCGGACUUCAAGGUGCUCCUGCUGCGCUGCUUCGUGUCGCCCCACUUCCUCAAGGCCGAGGAAGGGAGGAAGCUCCUCGCGCUGGUGCUCGGGGUCAGCGAGGGGCUCGCCAGGGAGGGGCUGGAGUUCAUAAGGGCCCAGGUGGGGAUGAUGCGAGGGAGGCGGGCGGCCGUGGUCGCCUACGGCGAGGUGGUGUUCAGAGCGUGGAAGGACGGAGGGUGGGUCAGAGGGGAGAUUGGGGAAGGGUUUCUGCAGGGGAUGGUCGAGGCAGCAGUCCAUGCCGCUGACAAGGAGGUGGCCAAGGCUGCCAGGAGGAUACUUUGGGCGUUCGUCGAGCAGAAGGCAGUGGCUGGAGUUGAAAAGUUGGUGUUCAGCCUGUCCGAGCCUGUGCUGUUCCGGUCAUUGCAGGUUGCAAACUCUAAUGUUCGCCGUAAUGCUUUACAUCUUCUACUGGAUUUAUUUCCCCUUGAAGACCCAGAUGUGACAAAGGAUGUCAAUGAUCCUCUGUUAGAGAAGCAGUUCUUCCUUCUAGACAAACUUCUCAUGGAUGACUGCCCAGAAAUACGGGCAAUCACAGUUGAAGGAAUUUGCCGUAUUCUUAACCAGUUUUGGGAAGUUGUUCCAUCGCCAACCAUUUCAAAAAAAUUGAGUAAAAUUGUUGAUGACAUGUCCAAAGAUUCUUGCAACGAAGUUCGCCUAUCAACACUGAAUGGUCUGAUAUACUUGCUUGACAAUCCACAAAGUCAUGACAUACUGAAAGUGCUACUUCCAAGAUUAAGCGAUAUGGUUUCUGAUCCUGCUUUAUCUGUCAGAGCUGCUGCUGUAGAUCUCCUGUUAGCUAUUCGUGAUCUUCGAUCUUUCCAGUACAAUAAGGUUGUUGGUUUGGGUACUCUAUUAUCUUCACUUGCAGAUGAUCAUCCCCGUGUUGCUAAAAAAAUCACAGAGCUUCUCAUUCCUUCUUACUUUCCAUCUAAGUUGCCUUUGAAAGAAGCAUGUGCUCGCUGCAUUGCACUCAUAAAGAGAUCGCCGGCAGCUGGAGCAAGGUUUUGUGAAUUUGCUCUGUCUGAAGGAUCAUCCCCGCGGUCUCUUGUUGAAUUUAUCAAAGUCUCUAUUACUCUGGCAUUGUCACCAUCAGGAUUGAACUCAGCGCAGACUGAUGGUCUUGUUAUUGCUUCCGCCAAACUAAUAAAAAGCUUAUCUGAUGAAGGCUCUAGUUUGGUUGCUUUGAGAGAGUACUUUCCAAAUGCUAAACUGAAGCUGCUCUUUAAAACUGCAGUUUCUGAUGGUGCCCAGGCUGCUGUUCUCAGCAUGGUGCCAGCGGUAUCCCCUGAUGAUCUAUGUGUGUUACAUAUCGAAUGCAUGAACAUAAUUGUGAAUGCUGCUGUGACUUCCAAGCAGGAAGAAUGUCAAGAAGCAUUGCUGGCAGCGCAUAAGCUGGUACAUUUGAGUGGCCGUUCUGAUGAAAUGUUUGAAGAACUGACUAAUAUUUUGCAAUCUAAGGCCUCUUAUUUUUCUGGGAUGUAUGGACUUGAACCUCCAUCAUGCCCUGUGGCAUCUACAAAGAGGAAGAAAGGGAAGUCGCUUAAGAAAACGCCAGCAAGGUCUGACGAUGUGGAUGGAAAUAGGUCAUCCACAUCAGCAAUCCUGAGUAAUGAAGAACUUACUGCUGUAGGGGGAGCAGCAUGGCAGCUCAAUGAAAUACUAAAAGCAGAGGAAAUGAGAGCUGCUUUUCUGCGAUCUUAUGCAGAAAUUGCAUUUUCUUCUCUGAAGGUCAUUUCUCAAGUGUACAUUGAGCAAUGCCUACAUUUUGAAUCUCUAGACCUCUCUCCAGUGUUUGCUUAUUUGAGUUUGGCUACAUAUAGUGCUCUUCAGGAUGUUGAUCAAACAUACAUGAGCUGCUCUGAGUCGACAAUUGUCAACCAGUCACUGGACCAUCUGCUGAGUUGCUAUGACAGAUUUGUAAAUGGAUCUGUUACUGUUUCCACUGACACAACGUCAACAUUGAACAAGAACAAGAAAUCUGCAGAACAUGAACAUCAGCAGCAUGUCACACCUGAAGGAAGUCCAGCAGAAGGCACAAUAAAUGUGAUUGUGCUUGGCACUUCAAUUCUUAAGUUCAUUGUUGAUACGACAACCAUCAAGCUGGUCAAUGAGAGUAAAGUAAGAUGUGUGGGAUUUGCAUCAUCUUACACAAAAUAUGCAGCGUCAGCCAUGAAAAGGCACAGUGAGGGUUCAUCUUUCAAUGGGGACGAUCUGAAAGACAUACUGAUCCUUACACGAAGCUCCUUCACUUACGCAGCCAAGCUGCUUCAUUUGGUGCUAGCAAGCUCAACCGAGUCAUCGAGUCCCUCAGAGGAGACCUUCCUCCUUGCCAAUAAUCUUCUUGAUCUUGUACCUGCUGCCGAAUCAUUUGCAGGUCCGAGAUUUGCUCUCACAUUAGUUUCAGCUGUAAAACAGUGGCUGCCAGUCCUGAUAUUGGGUCUUGGAUGCCGCUGGUUGAUUGGGCCAGAAAGUGAGAUGGCUAACAAGACGUGCAACUUGGGUGACUCUGACUUGCCACUGUGGGUUGCUGCUCUGGCCAAAAAUGAGCUGUUUGAGGCUGAGGAACCUAGGGAGGAUGAUCAGAGCGAGCAGGGCAACGAGCAUGAGGAGUCACCGUCAUCCAGAAAGCUAGCAGAAAUGAUGGUGACCUUGCUGAGGAAAGGAAGCCCUAAAAUCCUGGAUCCUGUGGGUGGCAUUUUGCUUUCCAACCUCCAGUUGGCGCUGCAGAGAGCGGAGCAUGGCAUCGUCUUAGGCUUGGCACGUUUUGUUUGUGACAAGCUGCUUGGGAGCAGCAGCAGCAGCAGCUCGUCAGCCUCUAAGAACCUGCAGCUCACUCAUGAUUCUCUGCGCGAGAGCUUCUUUGAGAUCGACAGGCAUUGCAAGGAGGAUGGCCGAGUUGACGAUGAAGGUUCAAGGCAGCAGCUGGAGAGUGCAAAAGUAUUGAUAUCGUCAGUGCUCCCCUAUGAUGCAUGCAGUCAGACGAGCUGA